CCCAUGACCGACCUGGACUCAAAGAUCCAAGAGAAAGCCAUGAAAGUGGACAUGGACAUCUGCCGGCGUAUUGAUAUCACAGCCAAGCUGUGCGAUGUAGCACAGCAGCGCAACUCGGAAGACGUUUCCAAGAUAUUCCAGGUUGCCUCCAAGAAGAAGGAACGCCGGUUCACAUCGGAAGAAGACGUGGCCGAGCCGGACACGGACAACGCCCGCUUCUCGGAGGGGGACGUCAGCUGCUCUCUGAACAUCACCGACGAAAUGAAGAGGAUGUUCAAUCAUUU